AUAGUCGGGUACAAUGCCAGUGUGUUUCUAGCCACCAAAUGGGCUACCCUAUUAUUUUGCCGACAUACAAAUCGAACAGAAAACCCAUAAUGAAAAGAAAAACAUUGCACAAUUUCUUCAAGAAUAACCCUCAUCUGGUUAUCAGCAGUAUCACCCCGAUUAAUCUUGUCGAUGAACACCUUAGCAUCUCCCUCAAACCUGAUCUCUGUGAAAUCAUGAGCCAGGCACCACAUCAUAGCCUCCCGGAGUACGAGCAUCUAGACCAUCAUUUGGUCAUCCACCCAUGGAAAUUGCAGCCCAUGCGCAAAGAGGAUCUCCCUAGUAGGGGUCAUGAUAACCAAUCAAAUGGCCGAAUGAGAACCACUCUGCGUUGCCCCAUCCCACAUACACACCGGAAAAUCAAUCUCUGUAGGGCUCAAGUGAUGGGGCAAAGGGACAGAGGACCGAAGAACACGAUCGACAAGAAGAUUUACCACUUCUCAUAUUGUUGGUUAAAUUGUCGCAGCAAGGCCGGGAUCCCAAACUGAUUGCUCUCAAAGACAACCCAGUUACGAGAACGCCAAAUCUCCAAAGGAUGGCCACAACCGCAUGAAUAACGAGGGUUAGUGUAAAAGGGACAGCAAUCGCUUAAGAAAAAAUGGGAAAGUAUGCCGAGGCAACUCUUGUCCAAGAUAUUCCAACCCCGAAUAGUUCCAAAGAGCUCGCCCAACUGGGGAGUAAAGGAACAAAUGUUCCAAGGUUUCUGACUCUGCCAAACAGACUAGACAUCUGGGAUGCACUGGGACUUUCUUCUCAAUCAGGGCUUAGUGGGCAGGAUUCGGUUAAAAAGUUGCCACAUAAACACCUUCAAUUUGGGCGGAAUCGGUUAUCCAUCCAGCUAGCCAUGGAUCUCCAUCGGCCUUGUCUCAUAUCCAAUAAGACGACAAGAUGGUAGGCCGACUUAAUAGUGAACCCCAUCAGCCGUGUCAUGCCAAAUCAGUCUAUCCGCAAUGUCCUGGCGAAGAAGAGAGAUAACUUUGAUAGCAUGACAGGUCGGAGGAUCAAACCACUAACUAAGUGUCAGUUCACACCAACGGCCUUCCCCUGGACAGAUAAUCGCUGCUACCUGCGGGUCACCCCCCUCUGGAAGCACCCGAGGAUUAUACAUCGGGGGGAAAGGAUGUAGCCGAGGAAUCCAGUUGGAAUGGAGAAGAGAAGUCGUCUGCCCAUUACGAAUAUGCCACCGUAACCCUACUUCCAAUAACUGGUGACCAUAGAGGAUACUCUGUAAACCCCAAGAUGGGCGAGGGAUAGAUAAUCACUGCUACCCGCGGGUCACCCCCCUCUGGAAGCACCUGAGUAUUAUACAUCGGGGGAAAGGAUGUAGCCGAGGAAUCUAGUUGGAAUGAAGCAGAGUUCUUCUUCUCUUUUUCAGAGAUAAAUGUUGGAACAAAAUAAACACAAAAAAGCAUACACUCUACUUAGUCGUUUCUUAGUCUCUAGUUUAUUUGUCGAAUUAAAUAUUAUAAAUGACAAGAAUUUGAGAUAUCACAAUCUCCUCCCUUCUCAUAAUUCACGCUCUAGGUUUAGGCAAAUUCAAAAUCCUUUGCCUAACUAGUCUCUUUGUCAUAAAUUAGACUAGCGUGAAACCCGCCCGAUGGGCGGGUUAAUUUGUGAGAUAAGGUUAUUGGUGCAAAUGACUUCUCAUACAAAUUACAAAGUCAAUUGAUUUUUUUUAUGACUUGUUUGUAUUUUGGUUACUAAAAUUCUAUGAGAAAAGAUUAAUGGAUUUGUUUGGUUAACAAAAAGCAUAGUAACUUGAGAAAUGUAGGUUCACCUGGUAGCUUUUGAAAUGUAAGGGAGGAGUUGAAACCAAUUGCACAAACAUAAAUCCUACUUUACCAAUUCAAAGCGGUAGCAGUAGUAAGUCUAGUUUCCAAAGACAGCUCUGUUUAUAGUUCAUUGUAGAUUAGCCAGAUUUUCACAUUGCGUUAGCAGUCUAGAUAUAAAAAGCUCUCACUAUUGAUACUUGAUAGUAUAUCAUUAAACUCCAUUCUAAAAUAAUUAUAGCACGAUCAGUUAACAUAGUUUCACUUAUAUUUGGUUUGCCAAACCCUGAACACAACCCCAAAAAUUAACCUUGUUUACAGACUAAGAAACCAAUUAGAUGUCUCAUUUUUCUAAACUGAAAAUAACCUUCCACUUGACCUCAUGGCAUGAUCAUGAAAGAAUUUAACAAAAAUGCUCGAUCAUGCAUGCAACUUCUGCAACACUCAAACUCUUGGCAUGAUCUAGCAUUGACAUCCUAUUAUUUCUCCUCUGCUUUCCUAUAAUUUAGACCCAAGUGUCAAAAGGAAAAGGAACAGAUUGACCAAUUCAAUUCAAAUUAAAUUAGCAUUAAUUAGGCAUUACCUCAAAGGAUCAAUCAAACCACACAUCAGGAUCCAGCUACUCUCCAAAACAGAAGCAUGGCUAAAACCCAUUUUCCAAACACAGCUCUGUGGGUUUUCCGGCUGCAAAUAGAAGAUCAAAGGCGUA